AUGUCAUCAGAGUUACCAGACUCCCCAUUGAAGAUAACAAUCAUCGGCGCUGGCAUAGCCGGCCUCUCAGCCGCAUUAGCCCUCUCUAAUGCGAACCCAACGCACGAAAUCACUAUCCUAGAAUCAAACCCCUCACUUAGCGAAUUUGGCGCUGGAAUCCAGCUCUCUGCCAAUAGCGCGCGCCUCCUGGACAAAUGGGGCAUGACACAGUCUCUACGCGCCGUAGCCUUCGAAGCCGCCCACAUGUCCGCCCGCCGAUGGCAGGAUAACACCGAGCUGGCCUCAAUACCGCACAACCCCGUUAGCACAUGGCUGUACGGAUGGCCUCACUGGCAAAUCUACCGCCCGGAUCUGCAGCGCGUGCUCUACGACGGAGUGGCCAAGCUGCCAAAUGUUAGGGUAUUAUUCGGGAAGGCCGUGACGCAUGUCGACCACGUCACGGGCACUGUCCGGACGGCGGAUACUGUGUUAGAGGCUGAUCUCGCCGUCGGAGCGGACGGAAUUUGGUCCAAGACCAGACGUUUCCUACCUGCCACGCAGGAUGUCAGGCCCACGCCGUACAGAGAACACACCUACAGAUCGGUGAUUCCGCGGUCCCGCAUGCUCAGCAAUCCCAUUACCGCGCCGUUAAUGUCCGCGCCUGAGAGCAAGGCCUGGCUCGGGCCGUAUAAUGCUGUUCUAGGGUAUACAGUUGCCUCCGACUCGCUAUAUAACUUCAUUAUCAGUGUGCCGCGGCCGAAUCCAGACGUGCCUCUGGCAUCGUGGAACGAGCCGGGUGAUCUGGCGAUGAUGCGCGGGCUUGUGGAUGGAUGGUGUGAAGAGGUGCAGGCGCUAGCCUCUCUGGUUCAGGAAGGGGAGUGCGCUGUCUGGACGCUGGGCGAGGUACUAGCUGUACCCAGCUAUGUCAGUGAGUCUGGACGAGUGGUAUUGAUCGGAGACGCGGCACAUGCGAUUCUUCCGCAUGCAGGACAGGGCGGAGGAAUGGCGAUUGAAGACGCGGCGAGUCUCGUGGAGUUUCUUGGAUGCAUGGGUUCCAGAGAUGAUCUUGGGAGGACGAUGAGCGCGUGGAGUGAGUUUCGACAGACAAGGGUGGAACAUCUGCGCGAGAUUGCGCGUAGCAAUGCGGAUGCGUUGACGUUUCCCGACGGGCCGAGCCAGGUUGCGAGAGAUGCAAAGUGGGCUGCUAUUAUACAAGUGCAGCAGGCUUAG